AUGCAAGAAGUCAAGAAUGUCUCGGAUGGUGCUUACAAUUGGCUGGCAGGGAAGAACCCCACAGAAUGGACUAAGUCACAUAUUUCAGAGUACCCAAAAUGUGACAUUUUGGUGAAUAAUUUGUGUGAGAGUUUUAAUGCAGCCAUACUUGAUGCUCGCGACAAGCCAAUUAUAACUUUACUAAAGAAAAUUAGAUUUUGGUUGAUGUCUCGAUUUUAUAACAAAAAAGCUGAGUUGGAGAAGAUGACUCAACCUGUGGGGAAGAGAAUUUUGAAGAUAAUUGAGAAGCAAAAAGAGGUUGCAAAGCAUUGUCUGGUUACUAGGUCUGACAAGUUUCAGUUUCAGGUUCAAUGCAGCAAUGGUAGUGCCUUGGUUGUCGAUUUGGAAUUCAGAACUUGUACAUGUAGGAGGUUUCAACUAUCUGGGCUUCCUUGUGGCCAUGCACUAGCUACUAUCUGGUUCAUGGGAGGUAAUGUCUUUGAUUAUGUCCACGGAUUCUAUAAAAAAGAAUCAUUGCAAAAAGCAUAUGAACAGAGUGUGCAUCCUAUGCCUAGUCCAGAUAUGUGGCCUCAGGCAGGACUCAACCCAAUUGAUCCACCACCUGAGACGAAGCUGCCUGGAAGACCUAAGAAAGCUAGGAGAAGGGAGACAGAUGAACCUCCACCUACUUUAAAGAAAGCUUGA